ACGUGGGCGGGGGCCGGGCCGGGCCAUGGGCGAGUUCCAGGUGCACCGCGUGCGCUUCUUCGCCUUCCUGCCCUCCGGCUGCCCGGCGCGCGCAGCCCCAAGCCCUACCCGUCCCCCGCAGGCCAUCCCGGGCCACGAGGCGCGGGCCACGCAGGCGCUGAGCUGGGCCGCGGGCGGGCGCCUCUUCGGGGCCGACCUGGCCGGGGACGUGGCCGAGUACGACCUGCAGAAGCUGCGCAUCAAGUACACGGUGGACGGCUUCGGCGGCCCCAUCUGGAGCCUGGCGGCCGACCCCGGCGGCACCCGGCUGGCGAUCGGCUGCGAGGACGGGUCGGUGAAGCUGUUCCAAGUCCUGCCGGACAAAAUCCAGUUUGAGAGGAGCCUGGACCGGCAGAAAGGCCGUAUCCUGUCCCUCUCGUGGCACGUGUCCGGGACCCGCAUCGUGGCGGGCUCCAUCAACCACCUCCGAGUGUACGACGUCGACUCAGGCCACGUUGUGCAGAGGAUCCGGGUGGAGCGGCGCCUGCUGAGCUCCCAGCGGCGGGAGUGCGUGGUGUGGGGUGUGGCGUUCCUGUCGGACGGCACUGUGGUCAGCGCCGACUCGGCAGGCAAGGUGCAGUUCUGGGACGCGGACAAGGGCACCCUCCUGGAGACCCACCCUGUGAGCAGCUCGGCCGUGCUGUCCCUCGCUGUGUCUGAGGAGGAGGACAGCCUCGUGGUGGGCACCUCGGAGGGGGCCGUGUACCAGUUCCAGCUGCUGCCAGUGAAGUGGGGGAGCACCGAGAGCCGGUGGGUGCGGACAAAGCCCUUCCAGCACCACACCCACGAUGUGCGGGCCGUGGCACACAGUCGCACAGCACUCAUCUCCGGAGGUCUGGACGCCCAGCUGGUGAUCCGCCCGCUCAUGGAGAAGAUGCACGGACAGGGCUACGAAGCCGUUCUGCGCAAGGUCACCUUCCCCCAUCGGCGCCUUGUCUCCUGUGCCAGGAAGGCGCGGCUUCUGCUCUUCCAGUUCCCCCAGCACUUGGAGCUCUGGCGACUGGGAGCCACCAAUGCAGCUGGGAGGGAUGGUGAGGUCCUGCCGGUUUCCCGUGACCCUGAGCACCUGCUGCAGCUCAAGAGCAAGGGCCCUGAGCACAUCUGCUGCAGCUGCAUCUCGCCCUGUGGCGGCUGGAUCGCCUAUGCCACGGCCUCCCGGCUUCAUCUCCACCGCCUGCAGCUCGAGAACGGCAGUGUCGUCGCCAUCCAGAGGGUGCCCAAGCUGCCCAAGCUGCUGUGCCCGGUCUAUCAGCUCCUGUACUCUGCCGACUCCAGCCGCCUCUUCGUGGCAUCUGACCAGGGCUCCGUGCAUGUUGUCCAGCUGCUGGAGCCGGGGGGCUGCAAGCACCUGCAGCCCCUCCGUUCGCCCUCAGGGACCGCGGAGGCCGUGCAGCUGCUGGCUGUGAGUGCGGACGGGGACUGGCUGGCUGCCACCAGCAGCGACUGGGCCAUAAACAUCUACAGCCUGCAGCAGUUCAAGCAUCACUGCACAGUGCCCGCAUACAACUGCCCUGUGACAGCCAUGGGUAUCAACCCGGCCACCAACCACCUCGUCAUUGCCCACUCGGACCAGCAGCUCUUCGAGUUCAGCAUCCCCGAGUGCGAGUACACAGCCUGGAGCCGGGUGGUGCAGCAGCACGGGCUGCACAGGGACUGGCUGGAGCGGGACACGCCCAUCGCCCACAUUGCCUUCAACCCCCGGCAGCCCACGCAGCUGCUCCUACACGACACGCACAUGCUCUGCAUCCUGGACAAGUCCCUGCCCCUGCCCGACGACAACACCCCGCUGAACAACCAGGCCUUGCUCAAGCAGCUCUCGGAGAAGGCCCGCCGGACCCACGCUCACGCCUUCAAGAUCUGCAAGAAGUACCAGCCCUUGCUGUUCAUGGAUCUGCUGGACGAGGACUGCCUGGUGGUGGUGGAGCGGCCCCUGACGGACAUCCAGGCCCAGCUGCCCCCGCCCGUCCAGCAGAAGAAGUUCGGCACGUAGGGCGGAGUGGGCCACGGACACUAUGCUGCCAUGCUCUGGUGCUGCUGCAAUAAACCUCCAUGCUUCCCCAGGGCUGUGCUCUUC